AUGGCCGCCACCGCCUCCUCCCUCUCCCACCUCCUCGUCGCGCCCAAGGCCAGACCCAAAACUCAACCAAACCCCUCGCAUCUCCACUCCCACCGCAUCAGUAACCCGCUCCCCUGCCGUGGGCGGUGCUCCUCCCUCGGGGUCUCCGCCGCGGCAUCCGACCUCCUCUCUCCCGCGCCCUCCCUCAAGUCCCGCCUCGCCGCCGGGGAUACCCUCUAUGGUCUGUUCCUCCUCUCCUUCUCCCCGACCCUCGCCGAGCUCGCCGCCCUCGCCGGCUACGACUAUGUCGUCGUUGACAUGGAGCACGGGCCGGGCGGGAUCCCCGAGGCGCUCGCCUGCCUCCGCGCGCUCGACGCCGCGCGCACCCCCGCCGUGCUCCGCCUCCCGGAGGCCAGCGCCGUCUGGGCCAAGAAGGCGCUGGACCUCGGCCCCGCGGGCCUCAUGCUCCCCGCCAUCGAGUCCCCCGCGGCCGCCGCCGAGGCGGUCUCCCACUGCCGCUACCCGCCGCGCGGGGUCCGCGGCGCCGCGCACCCCAUCGUCCGCGCCUCCGCCUACGGCUUCGACGACUCCUACAUCUCCCGCUGCGAGGACGAUACGCUCGUUAUCUGCCAGGUCGAGACCGCCACCGGGAUCGCGGAGAUCGACGCCAUCGCCGCCGUGGACGGCGUGGACGUUGUGCAGAUGGGCCCGCUCGACCUGUCGGCUAGCAUGGGAUACCUGUGGGACCCCGGGAACAGGAAGGUCCGGGCAGCGCUGAGGGAGGCCGAGAGGAAGGUGCUGGAGGCCAAGAAGAAGAAGGUGGCAGCGGCGUCGGAUGGCAAUGCUGCUUACUUGGGCGGGUUUGCGAUGCAGAAUGAUCCUCCGGAGCAGCUCAAAUUGAGGGGUUACCAUAUGGUGGCUGGCGCAGUGGAUAUUGCAAUGUUCCGGAAGGCGGCAUUGAAUGAUGUCAAGCGGUUCCAGGAGGCAGUGAUGGAGAUCGGCGAGGAGUGUGAUGAGGAGGAGGGGAAGGAUGAGAAGGAAAAUGACGGGUACUGGACUAGUUCUGUAAUGAACAGCAACCUUGCUUGCUCAUCAAGGAUAUCAUCCGGUUCAGACUUCAUAUCUGGCCAUUCCUGGCGUCCCAUAGAGGCUAUGAAACUCCAUCGGAUGCGUGCUGUGAGCUCGAUACGUAUAAGUUGUGCUGCUACUAAACCUGCAAAGACUCCUGCUGAAGAAGAAUGGAAAGUUAAGCGGCAACUGCUAGCGGAAAAGCGGGUACGCAGUGUUGAUGUGAAGGAAGCACUGCGCCUUCAAAAGGAAAACAACUUUGUAAUUCUUGAUGUCAGGCCAGAAGCAGAGUUUAAAGAGGCUCAUCCGCCUGGUGCCAUCAAUGUACAAAUAUACAGAUUAAUCAAGGAAUGGACAGCUUGGGAUAUUGCAAGGCGUGCGGCAUUUGCGUUUUUUGGCAUAUUUGCUGGAACAGAAGAGAAUCCUGAGUUCAUACAGAGUGUUGAUGCGAAGGUUGGGAAAAAUGCGAAGAUAAUUGUGGCAUGUUCUACAGGAGGGGCACUGAAGCCAACGCAAAAUUUCCCUGAUGGGAAGCAAUCUCGGUCCCUGAUAGCUGCAUACCUGUUGGUCCUGAAUGGCUACAGCAAUGUGUACCAUCUGGAAGGUGGGCUUUACGCAUGGUUCAAAGAAGGGCUACCAGCUGUUGAAGGAGAAGAAUGA